AUGGACAUUGGCAAAGAAAUUCUCAUUAGGCGGUGUAAGUUGGACAUACACGUUAGUGAAAACUACGAUGUAGCAAGCAUAUUUCUCACAUAUGAUUUGACGGGAUAUCGAUUUUGUGACCUUGUAAAUCGAACACAUCGCUCAAACCAUGGCCCAUGGGCGAUAUUUAAAGAAUUUGCCGUGGCGUCGACAUCUGAUCGGUUGCUGUCAUCAUUGAUGGCUGGAACAGUGCCGCCAUCUUUUUCAGUAUCCUGUGUGAGAAGAUGUAUGGAUCCCCUGUGUCGAGAAAUUAUCUCUUCAGAUGUAAACAGAAUGGUGUUGAGUGCAGAUCUUUUGUACACAACGCCAGAGCUAUUUAAGCCCAUCUGUUCCCAAAUCAUUCAAAUCGAAAAGAGGGCAUUUAACCCGGAAAAGGAUCCAUUUCUAAUAGAUGGAGACGACAUUUUGCUCAUUGACACAAAUAUUUAA